UGGGGUGCAUGAAGAAAGGAGUGCGCGCGGCGGUUCUCGCUAUCAUGAGUGCCAUGAGGACCUGAGUGAGACGCUCCCCCGCCAUGAACAGCCGCGGCCAUCCCCAGUACCAACCCUUCCCCAAGCUGGAGGAGCCAUGGCCCUACUACAGCCCCCAGUCGCGGCGGGUGCUCAGUCCUCCUCCGAAGCCACGGUUCCCCUACAGCGUGCCCGUGGGCGGCCACGCGCAGAUGGGCUAUGUCCCCGCCCCUGUGGCCCGCCAUACUCCGACAGGAUACCGGGGGUACAGCAGCUCUCCUGCGCCCUCGCCCUACUCCCGAGCCCACGACUACUCCGCGGCGGAGAGGCACUCCCGGAUCUCCGUGCCACGACACUACCCUGACGAAGACGUCGACAGCGACCCGGUGGUCUACAACGCGGGCUUCACCUUCCGGAUGGGCAAGGAGUCGACCGUCCACAAGCACUUGGAGGUGCAGCCCGCCCACGCCAUCUCGGACACGCAGUCCUCCAGCCUGUCCCGCCAGAUCAACCAAUUCCUGCAGAAGAGUGACCACGCCCUCGACCGCUACGCCAAGGUGGUGCAGUCCCGCUCCGGCUCGCGGGCCAAGUCGCGGACGCCGGGCGUGCGGGACGACUCGCCGGACCGCUCCCUCGCGCUGUCGUACCGAUCGCAGCGCUCCACCUCGGCCGCCUCCAUCGCCGUCAAGGCCGAGAAGCACCUCGAGACGCUGGGGCGCAUCGGCGGCGGCAAGAAGGCGGCGCCCAUCGCCGAGCGCGAGGAGGACGAUGAUCUCGGGUCCUCCAGCAGCGAGGACUCGUUCGACGAGUUCGACACGGAGCACGACGUGCCCCGCUCCACGGACGUCUUCGACAUCUCGGACGACACGUCGGCGGAUCUCAGCAAGCUGUCUGCCAUCGACGUUGACGGCGCCACAGAAUGCAACACGCCGUUCGACCCAACCCGGCUGGAUGACCUGAGCUCCGACAGUGACGACGAGUACUUCGAUGUUGUGGCGAUAUCAGCCCUCCGUCAGCAGCCCCCACCCCCUCAGACCCCAGCCAAACCCCCUCCACAGCAGCCCCCCCAGGCACCUUACCUCCCACCCACCCACAGCCAAAGCUUACCAGCUGUGAAUAAAGGCAUCAGGCCUAUGGGCAAUGCACAGGCUCAGCAACAUGCACCUGCAGCCAAACCUUCACCAGGUUCUGUGGCAAAGAAUGUGGAGGCUUCUAAGCUGGCUCCCAGUGCUGGUGCCGCAGACAAGAACAAGGACCUUAAAUCACAGGCAGCUGCUACCCCAGUCAACAGACCAGACCAACAAGCACAGAAAACUCCUGCAGUAAUUGGAAAUGGAACUUUGCCAAAGAAAAUCCUUCAAGAACAACAGCAGGUACCCAGUGCUCCCAAAAAAUAUCCUGCGCCAAAACCUCCUUCUGCGACGCAAAAUGCGAACGAACCACUUCAGCCAAACAGAACAGAUCCUGCACAUGGAGAUUCCACUUCGCCACCAGCUAAGUCUGAAUGCCAAGCCUCUGAGAAGGCAGUUCCAGAAAGGAAACCUGUGCCCUUACCAUCUGACCCAUUGAAUCAACCACAGAAUAUAGGGGAUGGCAAAAAGGCCGCACGAGCACCAUCAUUCAAGAAAUAUCCAGCACCUAAGCCACCAACAACAGUUCCUGACAAAGAGACAGUAAAACCUGCAGUUGUAGAUUCUGCUCCAAAGCCAGCCAUUUCCCCAGAGGAUAAAACCUUACCUGUCUCAGAUCUUGCCGUCCUUGAUAACAAAACGACUGGCACUGUUACCAGGGAGACAAAGCAGGAAACAAAACUCCAUGCUGAAGCAGAAUCUGGUGUGGCCUCUGUAAAGAAACCACAGACAAUCGACACUACGAAAGACAACACGACUCCAGAUUCGAAACAUAAGACGACUGAAAAGGAAACGAAACAAUCCACAACGAAUCCGGUAAACCCACAAACAGAUACAUCUCGAAAAGUAAGAGCAGGAAGUCCAAUUCCAGACAAAGCAGUAGUGUUGGGCAUAAAGUCUCCAGCCGUGGUAACUGGGAAACUUCAGAUUGCCCCUUCAGAUGGAGUUAGUCAGUCAGAGAAGACGAAAGGAGCAUUGGUUGCUUCAAAUAAAGUCGAACCAAAGCCCACAGAGCAGAUCAGUCAUGGCAGUAAGACAGAACCAAAUAAACUUAUUAAUAAAAAUGACUGUGUAAGUGGUAAAGAAACUGUCCACCAGGAAUCAAAUACAGCAGUGAAAAAGGAAAAUGUUGAAAGUGUUGACCAAUCCAAAAUGGCAAAUGGAAUUUUAGUAGAAAGUCAGAAACAAGAAGAGGUCACACAAAAGGCAAAUAAAGCCCAGCCUGUAGGUCAUUCCAAAGAAGAUAAAAAAUCUAGUAACAAUGACCCAGCUGCAAAUAUAGAGAACUUCUUGGACAGUGAGAUCUCAGAGAUGGAAGUGUUCAGCGAGAGAAGUAGUAGAUGCAGUUCAGUGGCUAGUGAUCUUUCAAGAGCAGUAUCUCCAGAUUAUUCUCAGAAGUCAGGAAGACGCAGUAGAAGUGAUAAACUAGCUUCGAUCAUGAAUAAGUGGGAGAAUGAAGAGGUUUCACAAGUGUCACAGAAAAGUAAUAGAGCAAAGACACCCAAAAUUGGCAGAUUAACUGGACUUGCCAAUAAAUUUGAAACUGGGAAGGAUACUGGCAGUGCAAAGAAUGAACUUGCAGAUAACAAGAAUAAUAUUCUUAGCAAACUCAAGAACCCAUAUAGUCCACCAUUCAACCCAGAACCAAGACCACCAGAUCCGGUUCCAAAGAAAAAUAUUGGGGGAAUCAACACCUCAAAGUUUGGAAGUGUUGCAAGCUUUACCAGAAAGCCAGGUGAUCCCAAGAAAGAGGCUGAGAGAAAACGACAAAGCGGCAAAGACACAGCAACAAAAUUAAAGGAUGAAGCAACAGAAAAUGUAAUCAAUAAAGAGAAAACUCUAGCCAAAGACCCAGGAACUGAGAAAGGAAAAGAGCAAUUGAAUCAGAAAGAUAGCAGUGGAGCUGCAGAAAACAAGGAUUUAAAGGAUGCUCAGGAAAAGGUUAAAGGUAAUCAGGGUGAGGUUAUACCAAAUGGAGACAUACAUUCUGUAGAUUCAAAUGUAUCUGUUAAUGAGAGUGAAGCAAAAGUCAGUAAGAAAAAGAAGAAAAAGAAAGUUGUAGAUGCAGAAAAAUCAAUUGAAGAAGAUGUUGCAAAUGCUCUGCAAGAUAAGUCUCCUGGUGGUUCAAAGGAUAAAACAGAUUUAGUGAUAGUCAGCAAAGAGAGUUCUUCAGGCGCUGUAAUCGAAAAGGCAGGUGUAAAGGAGUCAGCUGAGUCUGGUACCAAGGACCUUAUAGUUAACAGUAUUCCAGUUAAUGAAAAGGAAAAGAUAACAUCAAAGACUGUGGAUGGUACAGACAAAACAGAUAUUCCUAGUGAAAAAGCCAAGAAAACGAAAGCAGUGGAUGAAAUAACAAAAGCAGCUGAAAGUAAAAAUAUUUCAAGCAAAGAGGGUGAGAGUAAAGACCUCAAGAAUAAGACAAAGGAUAGCACAGACACUCAAGAGAAGCCAAUCACUGAACCUCCCAGUAAGGCAACAGAUGAAAAGGCUGGUAUCAUUUCCAAACAGAACAAGGUGGAGGACACUACACUUGCCAAAGAAAAAGUGGAUAAUAGCAGUAUUCCAGUCAAUGAAAAGGAAAAGAUAACAUCAAAAACUGUGGAUGGUACAGACAAAACAGGUAUUCCUAGUGAAAAAGCCAAGAAAACUAAAGCAGUGGAUGAAAUAACAAAAGCAGCUGAAAGUAAAAAUAUUUCAAGCAAAGAAGAUGAGAGUAAAGACCUCAAGAAUAAGACAAAGGAUAGCACAGACUCUCAAGAGAAGCCAAUCACUGAACCUCCCAGUAAGGCAACAGAUGACAAGGCUGGUAUCAAUGCCAAACAAAACAAGGCGGAGGACACGACACUUGCCAAAGAAAAAGUGGAUAAUAGGACUGAUGCCAAAACCACAUCAUUAGAAUCUAAGGAGAAAACUAACGUAAAAGUCAAAGAAAAUGAAACAGUUUCUUCAAAGGUCACAGAUGAGAAACCAAAAGGGGAUGACAUCAGUGAUAAAGAAAAGGAAGCCAUUGUCAAGACUAAGCCACUUGACACUAAGGAUGUUAAGGUUACAACAGAGAAAAUUUGUGAGGCCAAGAUUGGUGAGGAUAAGGAAGUUAAGGAAAAAAUAGAUGCCAGUGAAAAAGUGGCUAAACUAAGGUUAAAGGCUAGGUUAAAGAUUAAUAAAAUGAAGGCCAUGGAGGUAAAGACAGAGGAAACUAAAGAUACCGAGGGAAAGACAAGUGAACCUAAUGAUGUCAAGGCAAAGACAGGUGAAUCUACUAAUGAUACCAAAUUAAAGGAAGAUUUAACUAAGGAUCAGAAGGUAAAGACAGACAAAACAAGUGAUAUCGGGGUUAAGACAGAUGAAACUAAAGAUACCAAGGUAGUGAUAGAAGAUACCAUGCUAAAGAUGGAUGGUACUAAGGAUGCUAAGAGAGAGGAUUUGAAGGUGAAAAUAGAUAAAUCAAAAGAUGGUGUCACAGAUACCAAGGAAACGACAGAUAAAACAGCGGAUAGUGAGGUAAAAGUAGAUGGAGUAGAAGAUGCUAAGGUAAAGACAGAAAAGGUAGAAGAUGUUGCAGUGAAGGUAGAUAAGGUAGUAGAUGCCAAAAUAAAGAUAAAUAAGGUUGCAGAUGCUAAAGUAAAGACAGAUAAGAUGGAAGAAGCAGUAAAGAGAGAUAAGGUAGAAGAUGCUGAAGUAAAGAUGGAUAAGGUAGAUGAUGCUGCAGUAAAGAGAGAUAAGGUAGAAGAUGCUAAAGCAGAGACGAACAAGGUGGCAGAUACCAAAGUACAGGCAGAUAAGAUGGAGGAAGCCAAGAUAAAAACAGAUGAAAGUAUGGCUACCAAAGGAAAGGUUGAUGAAGGCACUGAUGCUGGAACAAUUAUAACAGAAAAGAAGAAAGUACGAAUCAGGACACCAAGUAUGGAUUCCCAAAAAGAACUUAGUGCAGGAAAGAUUGAGGAUUUGAUAGCAGGUGGCAUCAAGGAUUCAAACAAGUCACUUGAAGUUUCCGAUACAAAGCCUAAGGUGGAUGAAACUUCUAGUACUCCUGUCACCUUGAAGGAAGUAAAAGAUGUAGAAACAAAAUCAGAGAUCAAAGCUGCAGAAGUUGUUCCUGAGACACCUAAAACACCUGAAGAGACUGGCUGCAGGCCUAAAGUAUUUAAAUUACCUGAGUUGGUGAAAGAAGAAAAUCAAGGAAUAGAUGUGAACCAGGCCAUCAUGCAAAAACCUGCGAGGAAACAUCAUGAAGAAAGCAGGCAUGAGGAAAAGAAGGGUAAAAGAAGUGUGGCCCUCAGGGGAGCAGUUAUGGGGGCAGUCAAUAAAACUAAAUUGGCCUUUGGCAUAGGUACAAAAACUCUGGGAGAAUCUGUUCCAGUACAGCCUAGUAUACCACAGCCAAGUGUUGUUCCAAAGCCUGAAGAAAGUAUGGAUGAUAAAAUAAACAUGAAAAUAUUAGGAAAGCCUGUUCCUGAAUUGGAAUCAGAGGUGGAAGCUUUGAUAAGGGAAGCAUCGGCUCUCCUAGGGCCUGACAGCAUGUCUCCACAACCUUCUACCUCGGCUGCAUCAGCACCAUCCAGUCCCUUGAAGGAUAUUGAAAGACCUAUACCCUUGAGUGAAAAAAUAGAGUUACAUGUAGAAAAGAACCAUACAACUUGCAUAGGAGAGGAAGGCGAGGAAGAGGUUUAUGUUGAUGCCAUUGACCCAUCCCAACUGCAUUCAUUAUCCCCUAGUGCAGUAGAUCCUACCCAGCUCGAUAUCUUGAUGCCUCUCCCAGAUGUUCAGGCAGAGAGAGAGCGACGGUCUCGUUCUCGCACUCCCAUGGAUCGCUCUGAGAGAUCCUGCACACCAUCACCUGUAGUAGCGCAGACUGAAGCUCUUCUCUCCGAGACAGACCGGCUCCUCAAAAGGUCUCGGUCCAACAAGUCCCUCAGAAGGUCUUAUAGCCGUUCUCUAUCAGCAGCAGCACUGCAUAAACUGUCAGAGGUAGCAGCAGACCUCUCAGAAGAGCAUACCACAGCACACUUGGCAGGAGAGAGGCUGGAAGCUGAACAGGCAGAGAGAAUGAAGCUAGAAAAGGAAUUAGACAGGCUGCAGACGGAUGUUAGGCGCAUGACAACAGAGAAUGGUAAACUCGAGAUGGAGAAACUAGCACUCCGCACAGAAGUCCUCUCGGCAGCGGAUCUCAACGGAGAUGCAGACGAUGAUGAUUAUGGUGAAGAGGCCUCUUUGUAUAAGAGGAAGUAUGAGUGGUGCCUUCGAGAGAUUGAGGUCCUGAAGAAGCAGUUGAAGCAACAGCAGGAGGAUGAUUAUGAUCAGCUUGUCCUAAUGAAGAAACAGCUGGAGAAGAAGGUGGCAGAUGCAUAUGAGGAAACAGACGAACAACGACAGGUGGUGGCACAGAUGAAGCGGAAGUGCCAACGACUCCAAGCAGAAAUGAAUGACCUGAAGAUACUGCUGGAGGAACAGACAUCGCGUAAUAAUCUCCUGGAAAAGAAGCAGAGAAAGUUUGACCAAGAGAUGAUGGCAGUUCAGGAGGAGCUACGAGGGGAAAGAUCCAAUAAGGAGAAGAUCCAGAGGGAAAGAGACCAGAUCCUCUCCCAAAAGUAUUCGUUCGAGCAAGAAGUAUCGACCCUGAAGCUGGAGUUGGAGCUGAAGGAAGAGAAAGUUGCAUCCCUCAACAGGGAGAUUGAGGACCUGAACUUCACAGGGAAGACUGAGGAGGAGAUUGCAACAUUGAAGAAGGCCAAGCAUGACCUGGAGAUGCGCAUCAAAGAUCAGGAGGAGGAGCUAGAUGACUUAGCAGGGCAGGUGCAAAUGCUAGAGGGCGCAAAGGUGCGAUUAGAAAUGAGCAUAGAGCAAAUGAGGAAGGAGAAUCGCCGUGAGAUGGCCCAGAGAGAAGAAGAACUUGAGGAAGUCAGAAUAGCUGCUCAAAAGAAAGUAAAAGCAUUGGAAGCACAGCUGGAGAACGAACAUGAAGAGAGAACUCUGUUGGUGCGUGAGAAACAUGAGCUGGAAAGGCGCAUAGCUGACUUACAAGACCGCACCAUCACCCAUGUUGAUGAAGACUAUGUGCACAAGCUUAAGAAGGAACUGAAGAAGACUAAGGUCUUGUUGCGUGAUACACAGACUAUGCUUGAGAAGGCACAGUCUGAGGGCAGUCACAAGGUUCUCGUUAGACAACUGAAAACACAGUUGGAAGAUGCAGAAUUUGCCAAGACCGCAGCUAUCAAGGCUCGUCAGUCGGCUGAGUCAGAUCUCUCAGAAAUUAACUCCCAACUGGAAGAAGCCUUGAGAUAUAAGAAUGAAUCAGAGGAUAAGUGUGCCAGAAUGUGCAAAGAGAAGGCUGAGUUGCAAACACAGCUGGAAGAGAGUGAAGAAGAGGUGGCUGAGGUAAUGAAGAAGUAUAAGGCUGUUGUAUCUCAGCUGUCUGUAGACCAGAUCACACUCUCAGAACAGUCACAGCAAAUUGCAGAACUAGAACACAGUAAACAGGUUCUUCAGGAGAGAAUGCUGGAAUUGACCAGCAAAGUAGAGGUGCUAGAAGGAGAGACAGCAAACAUCCACACUCAGCGCCGGCUUGAGAUGAAGAUCAAGGAGGUUGAGUCUAAACUAGAACUUGAGCAGACUACCAGGCAGAGAUUAGAGAGUCAAAUAGGGCGUUUGAAGGACCAGAUUGAACGACUGACGAGUGAAUGUGAUUCAGCGCGGCUCAAGGAGAGUCAGGCUCAGGACCAGAGUAAGAGACUUGGAAGGCAGUUACGUGAGGCCAAGGAGGACCUUUCAACCUUCCAGCAGAGACACACUGAUGCUGUCAACAAGAAGAAUGAGUUGGAGAAGCAGUUAGAACUUUCAGACUCAGAAGUCAUUACCCUUAAGAGUGACCUGAAGUUGGCAUUCAAAAGGAUUGAGGACCUCCAACAGGCCAUCCAGGGUGACAUUUCUGACUCCGACUCCGACCUAUCCGACAGUGACAGCGACAGCGACGGCAGCUUGAGUUCUUAUCUGACUGCGUCCUUGAGGCAACAGAGGUCCUCCUCCAAUUCUACGCUUCGCACUCCUCCUUCAGAAGUGCAGCAGCUUGACAGACUGGAGCUCCCAAAUUCACCAUGUAGUGAAGCAAUGUCAGCCAUCAGUGAAGACCUUGAGGAGGCCUCGAAUAAGGAGUCCUUCGCGUGAUAGCUUGUACUUAGACCAUAAUAUAUAAUAAAGAUUUUUAUAAUGUGCAGAGAGUAAAUGGAGUAAAAUUAAUGCUGUAAUACUGCUUCAUUGUGAGGAACUGUGACUGUUUGUGAUGAUCCAGUAAAUGCUUGGUGAUGAUAUAAACUGGAGACUUGACCGAGCUUUAAAUAGGUUUUUGUGUAUAUAUGUACAGAAAAUAAACAUGCUUGGUGAGAAAGUCUUCUCCAUCUCUAUCUCUUUAUCUCUCUCUGAAUGGUGCUUAUCAUGUGAAACAUAGUCUUUAAAGUGAGUCAUGUUAGAAGUUCUGUCUCUUCAUCUUUAACCACUUUUAACAGUGACAUUCCCGAUGUGUUCUGUUGACUUUCCAAUGUGCCACUUUAAAAUAGCCCUCUAAAUUAUUUACACGAUGACUUACAGGAUAGGACUUGAAAUCUUAUGAUUCUGAAAGUAUAUGUAUGCUUAGAUUACAUAUGCUUUAUGGCAUAUACCCUUCACAUUGUUGUAUUUUAUUAUUCUCAUUUUUUGGUCCACUUGUUUUUUAUAUAAAUACUAUAAAGAAACAUCCUGUCCUGAAUCAUCUAUUCCAUGAAAUUCUCUUGUUUAUCAUGUGGUACAGUUCUGCAGUUCCCCUUUCUUCUUUUCUUUUGUCUUCUUUUUUUUCUUUUUCAAUGUCACCUUAUCCUUGGAUCCAUUUCAUUGUGAUGUUAGGAAUGUAAGGAAUUGUUUGAGGCUUAUAUUACUUUUUUAUUCAAAUAUUAAAAACUGUAACGUUCAUGAUAAAAAAUUGACCAACAGCAAUAGGGGAUGCUUUGUAUAUGAUGUUUUUAUGUCAUCAUAGAAGAUGCACAUCUCUUGUUGGGUACAUUGUAGGUGACUAGCUUGUGAAUUAUCCCCAGAAAAUAUCAAAUAACAAUAUUAUAAUUUCUAUUUAGGAAAUACUUAACCAGUCCUUCCAAGGAGAAAGGUGCAAAUUGUCAUCAAUAAACUGACAAUAGCAGUCAUAAGAAUUUAUAGGCUUCCAAUAGCACGAACUUACUUACUGUUGUGACUACCUCCUAUGUAGAGGCUGAGGUCCUUGCUCAUCAGCAUGUGCAUGGACCACAGUCUUGAUCAUCUUUGUUUCUCAGUGGCAGUCUUCUUCUCUGUGGAAAUGCGCAUUCGAAAAAUUGAAGGUUCUUGUGGAGAAUUUUUCGCAUCUGGUUGGAUUUACAUCAAUUUGGCCCUGCAGCAAGACCGUCUCACACCCCUAGCCACUGGGGACGCCCCACUGCCCGCUUCCCAGCUCUUCCGUGUCAGAAGAGUGGAGACAGCCCAGCACUUUUGCUUCCUGCUCAUUACAAGGACUGACCAGAGAUGUUGAACUUCAAAUUUUAAGAAUAGUUACUGGAUUUUUUUCUUAUUAUUUUUUUCACUCAUUUAAACCUGGUAGAAGUAAGAUAUAAAAGGGCAAAUUUGUGAAAGGUAUGAUUAAUUUUCUAAAGCAAAAGAUUGAGGUAAUGAGUUACUUCUUUGUCCAGCAUUAGAUGCACCUGUUAAUCACAUUUUCCGUGGAUUUGAGACAUUUUUCAAAUAAUUUACUAGAUCAGUGCUGGUGAGUUAUGAUUAACAUUGCAUUAUUGUGUAUUAAUCAUGACUAAAACAACCUGAGCUGUGUUGUAAGAAGAUUUAGAUUUAUAGAUAUUUUGUCCCCCUUUAGUUUACUAAGUCAUCGAGAAAUUAUGGUUCAUACUAAACCAUUUAGUAUCACCAUCUCCGGAGUGGUUGAAGGAACUGUAUUAUUGUAUCAUAACUCUUAUAUCAUCUUAUUAUUUAUUAUUUAUAUAAUUCUGCUGUGUAGAUUCUGUAGCUCCCUCCACCCUCUAUUGAAGCUCAUCUAAGACAUUCAUUACUGAAGCAUAAUCUUAUGGAUCCUAAGAUGAUUUGUAAUGAUUUGUACUGAAUUUACAUUAUCUGUACAGUUUAAAAUAAGACUAACAGCAGUA